AUGUCCGGCAGCACAGUUGAAUUCGUGAACCUGUUUCUGCGUCAAGUGACGGAAACAGAUCCAGCCGCAGAAGAGGUUGAAGAGGUGCCAGCAUGUGGAGGUGCAAACGAGUAUGAUGGGAGGAUGGGUUUGAGGAUAUCGGCGGUAUUUGUGAUCUUGGCUGGAUCAACUUUCGGUGCUCUCUUUCCUGUGAUCGCUAAACAGCAGCCUGGAUUAAAGGUUCCUGAUUGGGCCUUUUUCUUCACAAGGUACUUUGGUUCAGGUGUCAUUAUUGCGACUGCUUUCAUCCAUCUGUUGACACCUGCCAAUGAAGCCCUCACCAAUGGCUGCCUCACAGGCCCCAUCACAGAAUAUCCAUGGGCACAAGGAAUUGCCCUGAUAUCUGUUUUUUCUCUCUUCUUCGUUGAGUUGCUUGCAUUGCGCCUGGGAAAUUUCUCCGCUGCCGGGCAUGACCACGAACAUGGGCUCGCCCCGGCAACUAAAGAAGCGUCUACCGACCCCGAAAACCAGAUUGUACCCGAAGCCAGCCCUGAAUCCCUCAAUACUCUCGAAGAAAAAGAACUACGAGGGAAGGAAUAUGCUGCCCAGCUCCUAUCCAUAUUCAUCCUCGAAUUCGGUGUCAUCUUUCACUCCAUCUUCAUCGGUCUCACUCUUGCUGUGUCUGGUGAGGAGUUUAUAACUCUCUACAUCGUUCUCGUAUUCCACCAAACCUUCGAGGGUCUCGGUCUUGGAUCGCGUCUAUCCAGCGUUCCCUUCCCAAACAAAUGGACGCCAUAUCUCAUGGGCGUUGGAUACGGAAUCAGCACACCCAUCGCCAUCGCCGUUGGGUUGGGCCUUCGUACCACAUUUGAGCCAGAGACUCAGACUGCGCUUAUUGUGAAUGGUGUUUUCGAUGCCAUCUCGGCGGGUAUUCUGUUGUACACGGGAUUGGUAGAGUUGAUGGCGCACGAGUUUUUGUUUGGCAAGACAUUGAGAGAUGAGAGUAUGGGCAGGGUCUUGUGCGCUUUCGGGUAUAUGGUUCUCGGUGCUGCAUUGAUGGCGUUGCUUGGGAAGUGGGCUUAG